CGCGCGCGCUGACGUAGCGCAGCUUCGUCCCCGCCGCUGCGGCCGCCACUUUCGCCGCCGCCGUCGUCGCUGCCGCUGUCGCCGCCAUCGAAGCCGGCGCGUCCUCGGUGCGUCCGCGUCCUGGGCUCAGCGGCGCCCCGCGCGCUCUGCAGCCGCCGCCCGGCCGGCGCCCCGGGACGUGGCGGCGGGGCCCGGGGCCGCGCGAGCGCGGGUGACAGGCCCGGCCUCGCGGGGAGGCCCGAGCCUGCGGGCACCCCGGCCCGGCGCCGCGCUGUUCAUGAAGCAUGUCGGCCACCAGCGUGGACGCCCAGAGAACAAAAGGACAGGAUAACAAAGUACAAAAUGGUUCUCUGCAUCAGAAGGACACAGUUCAUGACCAUGACUUUGAGCCCUACCUUUCUGGACAGUCGAGUCAGAGCAACAGCUACCCUUCGAUGAGCGACCCCUACCUGUCCAGCUACUACCCGCCAUCCAUUGGAUUUCCUUACUCCCUCAACGAGGCCCCAUGGUCCACCGCAGGGGACCCUCCAAUUCCAUACCUCACCACCUAUGGACAGCUUAGCAAUGGAGACCAUCAUUUUAUGCAUGAUGCUGUUUUUGGGCAGCCUGGAGGUCUGGGAAACAAUAUCUAUCAGCACAGGUUUAAUUUUUUCCCUGAAAACCCUGCAUUUUCAGCAUGGGGCACAAGUGGGUCUCAAGGGCAGCAGACGCAGAGCUCCGCGUAUGGCAGCAGCUACACCUACCCGCCAAGCUCCCUGGGGGGCACAGUGGUUGAUGGGCAGACAGGCUUUCACAGUGACACGCUCAGCAAGGCCCCCGGGAUGAACAGCCUGGAGCAGGGUGUGGUUGGCUUGAAGAUCGGGGAGUGUAGUGCCUCUGCAGUCAAGACCGUGGGCUCUGUUGUCAGCAGUGUGGCACUGACCGGUGUUCUUUCUGGCAACGGCGGGACAAAUGUGAGCAUGCCGGUUUCAAAGCCGACCUCGUGGGCUGCCAUUGCCAGUAAGCCUGCAAAACCACAGCCUAAAAUGAAAGCAAAGAGUGGGCCUGUAAUGGCAAGUGCUCUGCCCCCUCCGCCUAUAAAGCAUAACAUGGACAUUGGCACCUGGGAUAACAAGGGGCCUGUGCCCAAGGCCCCAACCCCCCAGCAGGCCCCAUCCCCACAGUCUGUCCCACAGACCCCACAGGUGGCUCAGCCGCUCCCAGCUCAGCCUACCCCUUUGGCCCCGCCACAGUAUCCAUGCCCUCAGCAGCACCCCCAAACCCGCUGGGUCGCCCCUCGCAACAGAAAUGCGGCUUUUGGGCAGAGUGGAGGGGCCGGCAGUGAUAGUAACUCUUCCAGCAAUACCCAGCCCAACUCUGCCCCCAGCAUAGACUCCCACCCAGUCCUUGAAAAACUGAAAGCUGCCCACAGCUACAACCCUAAGGAGUUUGACUGGAAUCUUAAGAGCGGGCGUGUGUUCAUCAUAAAGAGCUACUCAGAGGACGACGUCCACCGCUCCAUCAAGUACUCCAUCUGGUGCAGCACGGAGCACGGCAACAAGCGCUUGGACAGCGCCUUCCGCUCUGCGGGCAGCAAGGGGCCCGUCUACCUGCUCUUCAGCGUCAAUGGGAGCGGGCACUUCUGUGGGGUGGCCGAGAUGAAGUCCCCCGUGGACUAUGGCACCAGUGCUGGGGUCUGGUCUCAGGACAAGUGGAAGGGGAAGUUUGACGUGAAGUGGAUUUUUGUCAAGGAUGUGCCCAACAGCCAGCUCCGGCACAUCCGGCUGGAGAACAACGACAACAAGCCAGUUACAAACUCCCGAGACACACAGGAGGUGCCCUUGGACAAAGCAAAGCAAGUGCUGAAGAUCAUCGCCUCCUACAAGCACACGACCUCCAUCUUUGAUGACUUCUCUCACUACGAGAAGCGCCAGGAGGAGGAGGAGGUGGUUCGCAAGGAACGGCAGAAUCGAAGCAAACAGUAAGGACAAACCAGUUUCUUGUACGUUCUAACGUUCAACUUUGAAAAGCAGUUUUAAAGACGUGUGCUUGGUCAGCUCCAGUGUGUGGUCCUAUGCAGGGCCAGUCCUGUGUCUUCAUCUUCUUUGUAGCUUAUUUUUGCCCAGAUGGAUAUUCGUUCAUUUGUAUUUUUUCUAUGUAUUAUAAUAUUGUAGAACUCACUAAUAAAGGAGUAUUUUUUCGUCAGCUUAUCAAUCAGACUGACCUAAUGUGAAAUAUAAAUUUCCUUAAAAGCAAAGCAAAACACAAAACUUAAUAUAUCCCAAAGAUUUUUUUUAUUUUGACAGAAAUUAAGUUCUGUUUAUAUUUGCAGUCAUGUACUGUCUCCAGAUGAGAUUUUAUAUCUCCUACCCCUUUAUUGCUUUCACAGACAUCAGAAACAACGCAUUGUUAUUUAGAGAAUCCUGUCAGAAUGUCUCCAGAGCGCUGGAAAUCAAAAGGUUAAUGAUCCCCUAGUCCAGCUGGUUUACCACUUUGAUUUGUUAUCUGCCUAAAAUGCUAAUCUGCCCUUUCAUUUUUUUUACUAGACAGGUAAAUUUUAAUUUUUCGAGUUUAGUGGACAUGUUUUGUUCCCUUGGAAAACCUGUCACUUCCUGACCUCCCCAUGCCAAGCUGCUGCUCUGUCCAGUGCUGCCCACCUGACCCUGCUGUGUGGCAAUGGGGUUCCGUGGGGGGUCAGUUCAGAAGGUGUUCUGGGCCUAGUCUGGAGUUCCAGUGUCCCCAGUUUACAGAUCAUUUUUAAUUUCCCCCUUUUCCUCUCUUGAGAAUCCUAAUGCCAUCAUCACAUCAGCAACACCGCGCUUUACAUGUAGGGUCUGGUGGUCCAGACAGUGUGGUGGAGAUGCCACUGAUUGUAAAUUUCACAGUGCAAAUCUAAUUUUGUUUCUAGUUGAAUGGGUAAAAACAAAAAAGCCUUUCAGAAAAUGAAUUUGCUGUCAUGUUUUGUGGAGUAAGGGACUGUUGAGCUGGCCACCACCCGGAAUUUGAGUUUACGCAUGAAAAUGGUGCUCGUGCCUGACGCCCAGCGCAGCCGUCUGCACGCCGGUGUGCGGGGUCCUCACUGUCUUAGAAGCAGACACCUUUGAAUCUACUUCCUCCAGAAGACCCUCCAUGUUAAAGUUUAAGCUGUAUCAUUUAGACUUGUAUUUAGAACGUAUCGCUUCCUUUGACCUGUCACUGCCUGUGUGGAGUCAUGGUGGACGACAUCGGGUAACUUUCCUCUAGGAGAAUACAAGCCUUAAUAAACACCUACUUAGCAAAGCUGCUGUCAUUUUGUUCUUC